AUGGAAGUGGGAGCUCUGGUAAGCAGAAUAAACUCCUCACACAAAUCCGGCUACACAGAAGGUGGGAGCUUUGGGUGCUCCGCAACGGGGUGUCUCGCCCGCUCUGUGCCAAGCAAUGGUCUCUGUUUGCCAGCCAAUCAGCAACUCGCGUUAUCGACAGUUCUGUCGACAGUUUAUCGACAGUUUUCUGCUUCAGGCCAAUCAGCAGUUUGGAUUGUCGACAGUUUUCUGGGCCAAUCAGCAGCUCGGAUUAUCUACAGUUUUUUGAACUACGGCAGCAACGAGAGUGUUUUCACUGACUCCAGGCGUUGCAGCAGAGGGACGACCACUGGCACCAGCGGCGGCAGCGGGCUCAGCAGCGGCGGCGGAAGCGGUGGCAGUGCCAGCGUCAGCGACAGCGCCGGGCCCAGCAGCAGCGGCGGUGGAUCGUCCUCCGACAGCAGCAACUGUGGUGCCUACAGGCCAGGUGCCGACAGCAGCAGCAAGAGUGGCCGUGACACUGGCAGCAGCACCGGCUGUGGCAGCACCGGUGCCUGUUCUGCCAGCGCCGUUACGGCUACUGGCGCCAUUACCGCCUGCCCCCUCAGCUGCUGUCCUGGCCGUACCACCAACAGCUGCUGCAGCUGCAACAGGACCUUUUCGUGCUACACAGCCUCUCCUCCUGGACCUCUCACUGCCCCAACAGACUGUGAGGGUGCUCCCCAUCCCUCCCCCCCCCAAACGCUCCCUCGGACAACGCCAGCCCCACACGUCCUCCCUCUGCCGCUGGCCGCCGCACAUCACGCCGGCCCUCAGGUGCCUGCACUGCAGCUGCUGGACAGGACAGCAAGGACAACAAGCAGUGCAGGCAGCACCUCCUGCUCAGCCUGUCUCUUCAUACAAAACUGAAUGGGCGAGGAGGAAGAGGGCUGAGCAGAGGGCAGCGGCACAGCCAGGGACAGUCACCGCUGCCCGGGCCGGCGUGCCACAAGUGCAGAAAAUGCGGCCUGCCUAUGCUGUUGUUGAUGGAUGUGCUGUGAAAAAAAACACAGAAUUGUAUGCCAUGUCUGUUCCUCCCUGACAGGUCGUUGUUCUAAACCAGGUUAUUGGUGUUCUUCACCUGUGCU